AUGCAAUUACUUCAUCUCUUUAUAAUUCCAUUCUUACUUGUGAAUGCACAAUUUGUAGUAGAAGAAGAUUUUCAAAAGGUUACGUGUGCUAGUGCCAUCAAGCUGACAAAUAAACCAACUGGAUAUAAACUACACUCUCAUAGUGUUACAUAUGGAAGUGGGUCAGGUCAACAAUCAGUAACAGCAUUUCCAGAGGCAAAUGACGCCAACAGUCUAUGGCUUGUUGAAGCAGGUUCAGGACUAAAGUGUAAAAGAGGUGAACCUGUACCUUGUGGAUCCAUCAUUCGCUUAAAACACGUCAAUACACGAUCAUAUCUCCAUAGUCAUGCUCAUCAAUCACCUCUAUCUAGACAACAAGAGGUCAGUUGCUAUGACGGACAAGACUCUGGUGAUGAUUGGAAAGUAGAAUGUGAUGGACAGUACUGGACAAGAGAAAACGUUGUCCAAUUGGCUCAUCAGGAUACCUCUGCUUAUCUAAGCAGUUCAGAUAGAUAUCAAUUUGGACAACCGAUUCCAGGUCAACUUGAAGUUGCUGCUGUCAAAGGUUCUUCCAAGAACACACAGUGGGUAGCGCAAGAAGGUAUUUAUUUUGCUUCCAUCUAAGCAAUGGCUUGUGUUAUUCCCAAUGGUGCAGGAACGUAUUUUUCGACUUUAUGUGCAUCUGAAGGCAACGUGAAUUCUUUUUGUUCUUUGCCAUAAUGAUUUAUUAAAGCAUCUUGACAAGCCUAUUUUAAAUAAAUAAAAACGAAAGCUUAUUCAUAACCUUCACUU